GGAGAGGUUUGUUUAUCUUGGGAAGCCAUCCUCCAUCCACCUCCCUUCUUGACGUCUUCGGACAUUCAUCACUAUCUGAACUGUAAAUAAAAUAAUGUGAUUCAGCUGUUAAGAGUACAAGGGGACUAAAAACCAGAAAUCAUGAAUUCGUUCAAAAGUUUUAUGAACAAGGUCGGUGAACGGGUGCGUGAAGUGGGACCCCAGACACCAGGGCACACGGCUGGCAAUGGUGACAGGCUAGAUGGAGAUCUAGGGGAGGCAGUUGAAGGCUUCUUGUGUCCAACAUGCUACAUGAGGUUCUCAACACCAGAACUACUAAAAGAUCAUUAUGAUGCAGAUCACAUAGAACCUGCAGCUAACUAUUUAUGUCCAGUUUGCAAGGCUAGACUUAACUCUCAACAGGAGCUAGAAAAGCAUUAUAGUACUGUUCAUGGCAUGAAAGAUACAAGUGGACACAGUCUUGAAGCUUUGCGUGAAGAGUUGACCGAACUGUCUACUAACUUACGUGAAGAACGAUGGUACUCGGAGGAGUUAAAGAAAGAAGUGGAGAGGUUACAAAAUGCAUUCAAGAAAAAGGAUGGAGGGGAAGAAAAUUUUGUGCAUAAGUCUCAACUAGAUGCUGCUGAGGAAACAAAAACUUUGCUGACUUCAGAAGUUGUAUUAUUACGAAAACAACUAACAGAAUCUAUAGAACUGAACAGCAGCCUACGCUCAGAGAAAGAUAUGCUGGAGUCUCGUGCCUCAGAGUUUGCUGUAGAACGUGCUGAGCUGCGGGCCACACUAGAUACCCUUCAGGCUGAGAAAGUUGGUCUUGAGUCAGAGCUGCACGAGAUAAGGUCAAAUCGAGUCAGUCAGGAGAGCCUAGACCAAGCUGAGGUUCACCAUAUGCAACAGGAGAUUACCAAGUUACAUGAACAGUUGGUAACUAAAGAGAAGGAGACUGACUCUGUCAAGGUUUUGGAGAAUAGGUUCCGACAAGACCUUCAGUCUCUCCGAGAAAAACUGAUCGACAGAGAUAUUGAGGCUGGCAGUUUCCAGGCUAGGGAAGUGGCUCUACAAAAUGACCUUAAGGCCAAGUCAGAGCUGGCAGCAGGAUUAAAAGAAGAGAUAAGAAACCUCAAAGAUGAAGUAGACAUAAUGAAAAAGAAAUUACAGGAGAAGGAUGAGGAAGUCUCUCACAUGCACAGUCAACUUGAGGACAAAGACGUAGUUAUGACGGGAAACACUCAACAGACUGAGGAGCUCAAAUCUAAAUGUGCCAAUUAUAUGGAGAAUAUUCAAGCCCUAGAAGCUCAGGUGUCAGAGCUGAGUGUGAAGCACGUUGCCACUCAGUCAGAGCUGGAGACUCUACGGGAGCAGUUACCAGCACUUCAGAACAAACUCAGUGAGGCGGAGAAAGAGAAAAACAAACUAACUCGGGAACUCAGUGAGAAGGCCGGUGAAUUGGAGAGUAUAAAGGAAAAGGUAAAUGAUGCGUCUAAAGAAGAAAGUGAGGUGCUGAAGAAGAAGUCAGAGCAAGUGGAGGAACUACGAAAAAGUCUCAGAGAUGCCGAACAUGCCAGAACCACGGCAGAAAAUGCCCUCGUGGGAAAAGUCGACGUUAUUGAGCAGCUGAACAAUAAAGUGACAAAUGCUGGUAAUGCUCUUAAGGAUGCAAAUGCUAAAUCUGCAUCACUGGAGGUUAAUUUAAGGGAAAAAGACAAAUUAAUUGAAGGUUUACAGGAAAGAGUUAAGGAAAUUGAUGUUUUAAAGACUGACUUAACGAAGGAAAGGGAGACAGUCAAAGUGAAGGAUCAAGAAAUAUCAGAAAUAAAGAAGAAAAUUUCUGAAAUUGAAGCCAAAAAGACAGAAGCAGAAAGAACACUUCAAGAUACCCGAGAAAAUUUGAAUAACGUACAAACAGCUUCUCAGGUUCUCAAGACUGAAUUAGGUUCCAUUAAAGAAGCUCUGAAGAAAAAAGCACAUAGUAUUGAUGAGCUGCAGAGUAACCUGAAACUUGAACAAACUGAAAAAGAAAAUCUGAAAUCCAAGCUUUCUUCAGCUCUUAUUGAGGUUGAGAAUUCCAAAGAUAGUAUUCAAAAAUUACAGACACAAAAUCAAACUCAAGUGGCAGAGUCAAAAGCUAUUCAGGCAAAGAAUGCUAGCUUUGAUUCAGAGCUCAAGAGACUGGCAAAUGAGAAGAGUCAACUACAAGAAAGUGUAACAGCUCUGGAAGGAAGUAAAUCUCACCUAGAGAACACCAUGAAAGAGCAAUCUGCAAAACAUUCUCAGCAAGUACAAGAAUUGAGUGAAAAAUGCGAGAACCUGACAAGUGAAAACAAGGUGCUAUCUGAACAGGUGGUUAACAUCACCACAGAAAAAGAUGCCUUGGAAAAAAGUAAAGGAAUGAUGACACAUGAAAUUAAGACCAUCAAAGGAGACUUGGAGGAAGUGAGAACAAACAACAAGAAACUCGAGGUGCAGGUAGAGGCGUUUAAGAAGGACACCGUCACACUUAGUCAAGAGAAAGCAAAACUAGAAGAGCAGGUUAAGACUCUAGAAGAUAAGGUGAAUGAGGAGGCAUCUAUGAGGACUGUGUUAUCUGGCCAACACGCUGCAGAGUUGGCUGCAGAGCGCCAGCAACGGGACCAAGCAGAGGCUCACUUCUUGACUCUUAAGGAAUCAGUAACCAAAAUGCAAACAGAGCAAAAGAACCAAAAUGAAGCACAAAAGUCUGAGAUAACAAGGUUAACUACACAACUUGAAACUCAAAAAGAAAAAGUGGGAGAACUUGAGGGACGGUUGGGCACACUAGAGGCUGAAGCUGCCGGACUGGCUGGAGACAAGUUGGAACUUGAGGUUCGUGUAGAAGCUGCUGCUGAGGAGCAGAGAAGCCUAGUGGAGCGCUGUGUAGCGGCAGAAUCAGAGGUAGAACGACUACAGAGUCAACUGACACAACUCAGACGUAAAUUGGAUGAUUCAACAGCUGCUCUUCAUGAACUUGGGCGAGAGAAUCAAAAUUUGCAGAUGGAGACUACAAAAUUAGCUGGUCGCAAAUGGGCAGAUGACUCAGAAGUGCUGAACUGCCUUGGCUGUACCAAGGCAUUCUCGAUGACCAUAAGACGUCAUCAUUGUCGUAACUGCGGGCAGAUAUUUUGUAAUGACUGUUCAAGUAAGCAGGCACCAUUAGAAGCUAACAAAAAGUCUGUUAGGGUUUGUGAUGGGUGUUACAAUGAACUGACAGCAAAGUUGUAGAAUCAAGUUAAAAAAAAAAAUUUAAUAUCACAAUAGUAUUACGUAAUGGGGUACUGUUGAUAGGAAAAACUAGCCUUGAGCUUGAGCUUUUUUAACCCAAUUUGAUUAUUCUGAAAAUAAGGUAACUAAUUUUUAUGGUAAUUUUGUAAUCUGAAGAUAUAUAGAAUCACUGUGAAGUUUUGGCUUUAACUAAUAUGAAUUUAUUCCAGGCAAAAGAGGUGCUUGACAUGCACAUUUAGUUGUAAAGUUAAACUACCUUUUUAUAAAUAUAUAUACAUAUACACUACUAGCUUUAUUCAUAGGUAUUUCAUGAACCAAACAUGAUUUGAUCAACAGAAGAAUGACAUGACAUGACAUGGAGGUGUAAUUGUGAUUAAUUUACUUUCCUCUGUCAUCUGUAAUGGAACUUUCAAUUUACUUUAUUGUUAUUUGUUGAGUAUUAAUAAUUUUACUUGAAAUCUGGCAUUUCUUACCUCCCUAACAAUGGAUCCAUAAUGACAUAGGCUUCGAGUAAUUUUCCUGAUAACUAGUAGGAUGAUAUUUGCUGCUGGGAAUGGUUAAAAAUAGGAAGAAGGUAGCAGCGGCAAUAUAUUUUUCACAAUAGCAUCACAACCCUGAAGCCUAGACCGGUGUUUAACAGUUUCUUACGUGCAUUGGACAUCAGUUGAGUGGGUGACUGCUCAAUAUUAUGCAUGGAGAGUUUUGGAGUUAAGUUUUAUUCUUCACAGAGGCAGUACAGUAUGAAAAAUCUAGUCUCCAUAAUGCUAAGGCGACUCACUGAAUUUAACGUCAUGAUUUACAGUGCAAUUUGAUAUUUAUAUUAUUUUUAGUUCCCAUAUGUCUACUUGCGGAAUGGACAAUACAGGUGUGGGACCAUUUAUCCAGCAUACUUGGGUGUCAGUGGAUAGGGGUUUUUUUUUUUCCCAGAAUUUAGAGCGCCAGGCCUAAAAUGUACAGUAAACUCUCUGUAACUCGCUGUGUUGUCAUGUUCAGAUCACUAGAUUCACCACUAAAAGUAACUUUAACUAUAAACUGGAUUGAGCAGCUAUGACUGUCACUUAGUCUUAGCUCAUCCAUAGAACUAAUAUGAAAUGCCUAUUGUACUGUCAUCUUCUUGCCAAUUAUAUUUGUUAGAUAUGUUCGUCAGCUCAAUGAAUGCCAUUCCUGAAUAACUGACAGAAAAUUUGCCUCACUUCCCUGGCUCACAAUCAUGGGUUCUUCACCUGGCCCUUACCUCAUGUACAGUAUGUCACACUUGAUAUUUUUUUAUUUUUUUUUUAUUUAUUUAAUUUUGUUUUUUCAGGAGAUAAAUCAGGCUAACUGGGCUGAUUCAUGUUAGGGAGAAGUUAAUAUUUUGCAUCAGUUUUAUUAAGUAUAAUAUGAAAGUUUAUGGAAAAGAUGCUUUAUUUCUAGAGCCAUUAUUUUCUUCUAUUUAAACUGAGUGGAUUAUAUAACUUUUAAUCAUUAUUGAAUUUGAAUCUAUUUAUGAGUAAACAAUCUCUGAUUUAGGUAAAUUAAACUUUACUUUCAGUAGAUGUAGGAAAUAUAACAUUUGUUUAUGUCUUAUGAUGAUCUCCUUCAUCCUAAAUGUGAAAACUGUAUGCUUAAGACAAAGUCACAAAACACUAGUUAUAGAGAAUGCACAAAUAUUUGUCGGGGUAUGUAGCUGUAAAUAAUAUAUACAAAAACUAAUGAAAGGGUAGAAGGUAAAUGCUGGAAAACUAUGGAAAAGUUUCUUGAUAACUGUAGUAUGUAAUUUUAAGAAUAUAGACAUCAUAUGCUAUAAUAUAUAUAUAUAGUUAUAUCUAAUUUCUGUUCAACCUGCUAAUAGGACGCAGUAUUUUGGUGGGAGUUAACUGAAGCAGUGACAUAUUACGUAUCUUAUUUUGACAAACGUUGUAAACAAGGUCCUUUGAUCUGGGUAUUAUUAUAAAGUAGUAAUUCUUGUGCCUGUUACUAUUUAUUUUGGUGGUUUAUGUUCACAAAGAUCCAUUACUUAAAUUACAGAACAGUUACAUAUGUCAAUCACUGGACUCGAGCCAUAUUUAAUGAUGUGGAGGCUGUACAACUUUAAGAAACAACAUUCUCACAAAGGUCUGCUUGACUGAGAUUAGUUUUGUACUGUAUAUGGAUUGGCAAGUUAGAUCAGUUGGUCAUUAAGUCCACCAGUUAUAAUAUUUAUUACAAUAGGUCUUAGCAUCUCUCACUGAGAAAAGAAAGCUGUCAAUAUAAUUAAUGUAGUACUGUAUCUUCUUUAUUACAUACAGGGACUGACAAUCAUUAUUAGAUUCUAAUUUACUCAAAACUAUUACGAAGUGAUGCAGUACUGUAAUUAGUUACGAUAAAUGUUUAUUUUAAAUCAUAAUCUGAACUUAUAUUUAUAAUGAAAUACUUGAUUUCUAUUGAAAUUUGGAUACUUUUGUGCUGAUAUAAUGUUAUGUGGGUUAACUAUAUACUUGUAAAUACUGGACUGUCAUAAGGAGUCAAUAUUUUAUAUACUUUGGGAAAAUCAGCAGAUUUCUCUUUAGAGAAGGGCUUCUGUAUCCUCGUUACAUUUAAUUACUUUAUCCCUGGUUAAAAAGAUUGACUAUUGAUCCAUCUGGAUAUAACAGUGGAGGUGCACACACCCACUUAUCAGGUUGUAUUCAACUAUAAGAGUAACAAACUUAAGUGCAAAGUGCCUCGGUAAGUUUUGCAGUUUACUUGUAUAUUAUACGUCAAAGUUAUUGGAGUACUCUCUCAAAAUAUGCUGUCAGUUCCAAUUUCUGAUGGGCAUUGAUGGAUUUUGAAUGAAUUAAGUAGCUACUGUAUUAACUGUUGUUAGAGAAACAGUUCAUCAGGUAUUAAUACUAAUGUACAGUAUUGCAUAUUCUUGUGAUAUUUCCAAAGCCUUUUAAUAAGACAUGAAAACAGAUAAUGAAACAUCUAUCUCGCUAAAGACAUUUGAAUUUAAUAAUUGCUUUCCUAAUAUUUUAUUAGCAAAAAAUUCAAACUUUAUACUGAAUUAAACUACCGGUAGUCUUUAUGUUAGAAUAUGUGUGAGCUGCUAAUGAAAAUGACACAUACCCUGUAUGCUGAUUAGGUAAUUAAUAUGCAAAUCCGGACCCAUGUUGUAGCUCGUGUUCAGAUUGGCCACCACACUUUCAUCAAGAUUGAACAAAAUCAGUCCAAUGAUGGUCGAGUUAUCAUGCAAAUAAGCUUUAAAAUACGUACACACAUAAAUGGACGGACACACAAACACUUCCUUACAUAUUACUGUGAGCCUCCACUUACAGCUGGGCUGCCCACAAAAAGGACCAAUGAUUAUGAAUGAGGAGGAAACAUGCAGUUAAAUGGUGAUCUUGAGCAUAAAUAUAUUGAUGUUUAAAUUAUUGUCUGUCAAUUAGGUUGUAUCUAAUUUUACUCUGAAAUUUAUAUUGUAUUUUCUUAUGAAUUAAUUAGUUUUCUCUGAUACAAUGUACACCACUGAUAAGAGUGGCAUCCGUCCGGGAGGAGAGGUUCAUUAGUCUUGUGUGCAAUUAAACAAAUACUCUUGUAGAAAAAGGGUGGUUGUAGAAAAGAAAAUUCCAGGUUGUACCAGUUGGUAUAACCUGGAUACUAGAGGAGUGAGUGACAGGUGAAGCAGUAAACACGGUGAUAAUCUACAGCCUCAUUUGACGUAAUACUCUCUGUCGGGAAUAGUGUAAUUUUUUUAAUUGUUUAUUCUAGUUAAUGGAAAAUUAAAUUUUGUACAGUACUUAAAUCACUAUCAAAGGUAAAUCUAAUCUAUAUCAUUAUAGCCAACUUGAGAUUUAAGGGAAACAGUUGUAAGCAGUUUAGUGGAAAACAACUUGAAGGUUAAGAGUGACUAGAUAUACAGUAUAUAUUUUUAGAUAAUGGUUUGUAUUUGACAAUAAUAUCAAAACAUGUACUACUGUAAUGCAUAUUAAGUUUGGCAAAGUUACAUUUUACACUGUUAUACACUGUAGCCUGAGUUGCUUAACUGAUUUUACAAUGGUAUUAUAAAGAAUAUAAUCCAAGUAAGUUAUAGAAAUGACCUUUGUAGAAGUGUAAAUAACUCAUGUUUCACGUAAUUACCCCAUCACGAGUGCACUCUGUAUAAAGACUUCUGUACUGUACUAGUUGUGUGUAUAAAGUUAGUGUUUGUUACGAAGUAGUUCCAGAGUUGUGUCCAUCUGAUUGUACUGUAUCUUUCACUAAGUGCUUUUCCUAUAAAUCUUUGUGUGCUUGUGAUUUAUAUCCAAUAUCUCUCUCAUCUACACUGCUUUUGGUUCUUGGUGAAUGCUGCAACUUUUGCAAACAAGUAAACUGCCAUACUUUUCCAAGCAUAUUACCAAAAUCCAUGGUCUUCCCGUCAACAUUUUUGUCUGGACAACGACCCCUUGCCAUAUGCCUCAUGAUAGAUAACCUGCCUGUGCUAUUUUCCGUGCAUCAUUUUUACAUGUGGGGAUUGUAUUUGUUGUACUAUACAUUUUAGCCCUGAGUAGAAGUUACCCAUUAUUACAGUCUCAAUUGUCACUGGAAAUACUAAUGUGAGAAAAGGAUUGAAGGAUGUGUCUUUCCGCUCAGUGAUGGUUCUUGGCCACACCAUAUAUUGCCCUUCAUGGAUUGCUCUAAUGUAUCUCUGCUUUUAUUUGCUCUUAACUUUUUUUUACCUAUUCCCUAUUCUAUGCAUUUGCUAAGCCAACUCUCAUUUUCUUAACCAACAUUUUCCCACUGAGAUUUGUGACAGCUCCUGUGUGAUGUACCUAAGUGUAGAAUUCAUUAGCAGUGCAUCUGGAUCUUUGACAUGAUACUGGAUGAUAUUAACUACUGUAUAGUAUAAACACUUCAAAGGGGGAACGAUGUAAUACAGUUUUCAGUGUACUGUACCCUUUAAAAUUAAGUAAAAGUUAUACAGACUUUCAAAAAGGUAGUCAGUCUUCCUGUAAUCAAUGUCACAUGUAAAAGCCUUUGUAUAUAAUUACAAACCCCUUAUAUAAUUAUUUAUCACCUGAAUGAUAACAUUUUUGGUUGACGAUGCAUUAUCUCGCAUUUUUCUUAGUACGUUAAGUAGCUACUUCAAAGUGGUGAUUGUGCUUCCUCUAUCAUGAAGACAAACUACAGUCCAAUCAUUAAUUAUAUUUUUUACCUCUUUUGGAGAGUUGUCUUUAUGUUGACUGUUAAUAGUACAAACUAAGUCAGUUGCCAACACAUUCGAGAGAUUUUUUUAUGUCUCCUUUUUUGCUUCAAAUAUAAUGAAAUAAAUAAAAAGUCAAUAAUAAUCAUCACCUGCUGUGGCUUAUAAAAAUUAAUUACAAUAUUAACACUGUUUUUGCUGUAAUAUUCAUUGUGUAUGACUGUAUUGGUUAUGUCAUUCAGCAGGAAGUUAAAGAAGUGCUAAAUAUAAUUGUGAAAAAAUUAUCAGUUUGAUAAUUCAUAUUUAAUCGAUCUAAACAAUAAAUAUCCAUUGCCAAAAUGAUUUCUGGGUUAUCCUAUGUGACCAUGUUUGUUUGUGACACAGAAAAUAGGAUACACAAGCUGAAAUAAAACAGUACAAGUGUAUAUUUUUGGUAUUUAUCAGUUAUAUCUUAUUCUUGAUUAUUAAAGCUCUUCACUUUCAUCAAAUACGGGUGCAGCUAGAACUUUAGAUUAGCCGUUUGCUUUGUUGAAAUGUGGGUGGAUCUCUAUACAGUAUAUGUUAAAUAGGACUUUCUUUAAAUUACAAUAAAAACAAAACAUUUAAGAUCUUAUACUGUAUAAAUAACUUGGUCAUUAUGUGUCUCCAUACAAUCACAUAUCAAAGAUCCAGCAGCUUUGUUAAAAAUACUAAUAAAAUAAUUCUGUGCAUUUGUCUAGUGGUUAUGUACAUAAAGCAGCUGCCAAAUACUUUUAACACAAGAAAAGAAUUAGUGUAGUCAUGCUGGGUGAGUUGAUCAGUGUAACCAAUUAAAUUAAUUAAGACAAAAAAGCUAAAGAAAUGGGAAACAACUAAAAUCAUAUUGGUCGGACAGGAAGCUUGAGGAGUGAGGCUAAUGGAAAAAAUCCGUCAGUGAGGGAAAGACCAUCUGGUAUUCACGUAUAUAAAAUUUAUAAUUGAUGUGUUUGGUUUUGGCAUGUUAUUAUUAAUUGAAUAUCAUCAUUUACACAAGGAAUAAAUUUAUGGGGGAGGAGAAAAAAAAGUAGUGAAAGAUGCACAUUUAGUGUAAGAACAACAAAGAAUGUAAGUUUAUACUGAGUGAGGUGAUAUGUAUGUAUGUACUUUUUAUUACUGGUAGAUACAGGAAGGACAAUAAACAGAACUAGAAACUGUGUCUACUUCACUGUUAUCACACUAUGCACAUUGACAACAAAGGUUAACCUCCAAAAAUUAGCUAAUUGCAAAAGCUAACUUAAAACAUAACAAAUGUCAGAAAGUGCAAAAAUGUAGGUCAGUUGCCUACUUUUGAUAUUAAGCUGUAAAACUUAUGAAAUUGCAUGUGCUUCUAAAGUUUCACUACUACUACUGUGCUAUAUGGCAAAUUGUAAUGAAGUCAGGUUGUAUGUACGUACAGUACAGCUAUAGAUGGAACGGAUAUAUGAAUGGACGAUCAGACAAGGGUUACAGUUUUAUCCCCUUUCUAUUUUUGUACAAGGAAUAAAGACACAUUUGGGGAGACAAAAAUAUUGGCAGCAAAAAUAACAAUAUGCAACAUAUUGGUGGGUGGCUGUGUUUCCUAUUGCCCCAAAUCUCUUAAUAUGUAUCAUCUAAGUCGUUUAUUAUUAUUAACCCAAGAUAACAACUCGGGUGUCGGUCACAGGACAUAAGACCAGAAUUUAAAGCUAACUGGAUUCCUUGUACAGACUCUUAUACAUUGUUUAAUAUUCCUGUUAAAUACCCUACAAGAAUGAUGGCAUCUAUGAACUUGAUAUUUUCCUAAAGGAUAGUAAUUGUCUAUGCUUGUGGUUGCAGUGUUUGUAUGUAAAUAUAAUUUUCAGUUAGAAGCAGGUUGUCUUGUACCAGUGUUGAUCUCAAUCUUGAUAUUUUAAUUAGAGUGUUAUUUUAAUACUGUAUCGUACAAUAUAUACAGUAAGGAAGCAGUUCACCUAAUAUGUAACUGAUGCAAAACAUGAAUUUGCUUCCUUUAUGAACAUAUGAGUUAAUUAAUUCCAUGUUGAUGUAACUGAGACAUCUGCUUUAUAGUGUUUAUCCUUCAUUAAGAGAACUGUAAACCAAUUAGGAGAUAGUCAUUAGCUUUUACAUCUAGACCAAACUAGUUUUUGCCACAAAAACUGACCAAGUCCACCUCAACAGCAGAGUUCAUGAUCAGGAGCCAUGUCUCUGAACAGUAUAAAGUGAAUAAAUAUUUCAAUUCUUCUAAGUUGUUUUUGUGAUGUAACAAGGAUAAAUGUUUGAGAAAUCAUUACUUUGUUUAUACUUGUAUUAUCAAGUUUACAAAGCCAGAACCACAUCCAAAGUGGAGUGGCAGUUUUAAUGAGCAAAUAACAUUAUAGUACAGUACCAGCAAACUAACCAUAAAGCCUUUACCUAUCAUUUAAAAUCUAAACAUGUUUUUUGGGGGGAGGGAGGACCCAGAACAUCUCUUAUAGAUACAGUACAGUAUUAUAUUUAUGAAUCAUUAGUUUUAAAUGAAAAGAAUAAUACUGUAAGCUUCACACCAUUUACAUGUUCUGUAGUACAAUAAUCUCCCACCAAUGUUCAAGGUUCAGUCCAAAAAUGUUGCUAAUUUAUCACCACUGGAGAGAUGAUUUAAUAUGAUUUAACUUCCAUAACUCUAAGUCUUCCAAUGAUUGAACCUUUGAAGUCAUAUUUAUAUUUCCACAACUUUUAUGGUUUCUUAUGUAAAUAAACACUGUGGCAGCCAGAACUCAGCCAUGAAUUAUGGAUAUUUUACCACAAAAUUUAAAAAGAUGUUAGUACUGGAGGUACCCGCAAAUUUAAGAAUGAGAAUUUGAAUUUCGUGAAUUAAUGCGACGUCACUGUUAUUCUAAACAAAAAACAUAAUACUCCAGUGAGAGAUACUUUCAGUUAUACCCACAGCACAAUUCAGGCAACAAUAGAAAGUUUAUACAUUUCUAUAAUGGUGCAAAAUGGAGGACCUGUUAUUGCGUUUCAUUGUCUUUCAUCCAAGUUGAUAUUUUUUUUUCUUUACGUAAUUUGGUAAAAGUUCCUGGAUAUGUUUUAUUGAAUUUAAAGUUGAUUAUACAUACUAAAAUGACCUAGUUUCUCAUACUCAUGUAAGAUGUAAACCAAAUCCAUUUUAACCCCUUGUGGAUGGGAUCACUUCCAAGGUGAAUAAAAUCAUCUGAUAUUAGCCAAAUAAAAUAUUCAAAGCAGCAACCCCACAGUGAAGGUGUAAACACGUAAUCCACAUAAGUGUUCUCGUAGUCUGAAGUGGCAUAAGAUUUUCUUAAAUACGAGAGAGAAACCCACAGAACCAAAAUUAUUGCCCAUUUUCCAGAAUAAUUUACCCAGUUUAGAUAUACCCUAGACACCCCACCCUACCCUACCAUGUUUUGUAUAUAGGUAGCUGCUGGUGUAACUGUGGUGUGUAACAUGAAAAAUAUGAUCCAAGUUAAAAAUUAGAGAGGCAAGAAUGGAUCAGUGACUGUCAAGUACGGGAAUCACAAGAUCCUUGUCAUACACUUAACUUUAGUUUGGUACGAGGAUGAAAAAGCAAAUGUCUAUGAGGAAAGAUCACCGAGAAGAAUACUUGUUUUCUAAGUGGCAUGAUAUGUACAAUAUUCUUUUUGAUCUAGAAGUGCUUUUCUGCGACUUUUAUUUUAUAUUACAGUACGUUUGUUAUGUAAUUUAUUGAGGAAUCAAAUGCUAAGGAUCGUGAAAAUAUUGUAAACACUGAGUCAUGGCUUUAUGUUGACUGACAAAUACUAUUAAAAGAAUCACUGCAUUAAACAUACUACUUCUUCAUUUUGUCAACACUGUAGUUAUGUUUGUUAACUGUAGUUGUGAAGGAAGAUAAAACCUUCCCGAGUAAAAAGAUCUUUAGAUUUUAUGGUUGCUAUUUAUUACACUUGAUUUGAUUAUGCUCAUUUGGUUAAUGGUGAAAAAAUUAUAUAUUUUUAUGUACCGUAUAACUAUGUAAGUCUUAAAUUAUCCCAAUGUUUUUACCAUGUGAGUUUGAAUUGUAGUAACUCUUGUUAAUUAUAAUGCAAAAUAAAAUUUAUGCUGAUACA